GUGCUUUGUCACAGUCUCGUUUCUCCUCAUCCGUGGUGUUUGUCAAGGCUGCGUGAGCCGCUAACAGCCGAGUGUCCGAUGAAGAUGGCCGCAGGUCCUCUUUCUGUAUCGUCUAACGCAUCUAACAACGAUGGCAUUCUCAUCGGUGACAAAGUGUACUCGGAAGUGUACCUCACGAUAGACAACUCGGUGAUACCGGAGGAAAGGCUAUCGCCAACUCCGUCUAUGCUCGACGGCCUCGACCUGAACACCGAGACCGACCUCCGUAUCCUCGGCUGUGAACUGAUUCAGUCGGCGGGUAUUCUUCUCCGGUUACCCCAGGUGGCCAUGGCAACGGGACAGGUCCUUUUCCAUCGUUUCUUCUACUCCAAAUCCUUCGUCAAACACAGUUUCGAGAUUGUUGCUAUGGCUUGUAUCAACUUGGCGUCUAAGAUUGAAGAAGCACCACGGCGAAUACGAGAUGUCAUCAAUGUUUUUCAUCACCUCAGACAGCUAAGAGGCAAAAAGACUCCAAGUCCAUUGAUACUUGAUCAGAACUACAUAAAUACCAAAAACCAAGUCAUCAAAGCGGAACGUCGAAUCUUGAAGGAGUUGGGCUUCUGUGUGCAUGUCAAGCAUCCGCACAAGAUCGUCGUUAUGUACCUUCAGUUCCUGGAAUGUGAGAAGAACCAGACACUAGUCCAAACGGCCUGGAACUACAUGAAUGACAGCUUGAGGACAAACGUGUUUGUGAGGUUCCAGCCUGAAACCAUCGCCUGUGCCUGUAUGUACCUCGCUGCCCGAGCUCUGCAGAUUCCCCUGCCAACCAGACCGCAUUGGUAUCUACUUUUUGGAGCUACUGAAGAGGAGAUUAAAGAAAUCUGCAUUACUACUCUGAAACUGUACACCAGGAAGAAGCCCAAUUAUGAACAGCUUGAGAAGGAGGUGGAGCGACGGAAGGUGUUCUUAGCAGAGGCCAAGCUGAAGGCGAAGGGCCUGAACCCAGAUGGAACGCCGGCGCUCUCUGGCAUAGGCGGCUUCUCUCCGGCCUCCAAGCCUUGCUCCCCCGUGGUGAAGGUGGAGGAGAAAUCCCCAAACCCCCAGACUAUGAAACCAGUAAAGAAGGAACCCGACAGCCGCACUCAGGUCAACAAGAGUCCACAUAAUGGGCUGAGGAAGGAGGUAAAGAUCGGCAGGACCAGUAGGAGUGGAAGUCGUUCCCGUUCAAGAACACGAUCACGGUCCAGAUCUCCCUCUCAUCGCAGACAUUACAACAGCAGACGCAGUCGCUCAGGGACGUACAGCUCUCGGUCACGCUCGCGCUCUCACAGUCGCAGCCCGUUGCCUCAUCGACACCCGCCCUCACCCCUUCUCCCUCAUCUCAAGUCGAAGUCCAGUCACCACGGCAACAGCGACUCCAAACUCAGCGGGCGUCACAGCAACAGCGGGGGCGGUGGUUCUGGUCACAAGAGGAAGCGCACCCGGUCUCGUUCCCACACUCCAGUCAAAGCGGACAGAGACAGAGAGCGGGAACGGGACAGAGAGAGAGACCGCUCUUUUGAUUUCUCUUCAAAGAAACACAAACAUGAGCGGGGAAGCGGACAUCGCGACCGGAGGGAGAGGUCUCGGUCCUACGAAAGGGACAGGGAUCGCAGCCACAAGAGCAAACACCAUGGCAGUGGCGGACACUCAGGACACAGCCGCCACCGGCGCUGAGAGACACAUGGAGACGAGCCCUGGGGCUGAUGGUCACCAAUGUUUGACACAAAUCAAACGAGUUGGACACAUUCUCUUAAUUAUGGUAAUGUUAAUUUAAUAUCCAUGUCAGGAAAUAGAAUAUUUGCAAAUUGUAAACCCAAUAAUCGAAAGGUUACGGUUUGUUGCAUUAAAAUUCUUCGGUGGGAGGGAAACUGUCGCCAAAUGAUGCAGUUAAACAAGUGUACCGUGACUGGGAGAACAUGUCAAAUUUGAAGUUUUGAAAUAUUACAUCCUUUAACAAAUAAGUCAUGUUUCUGCGUUCAGCUUUUUUAUUUUUUUUUUCAUUUGAAUUCAACAAAGCUAUAAAGAAACCAUUGAUGACGUUUCUUCUGGUCCGAAUUCCAAAAAUUCUUAACCUGUCUGGGUCCUAAAUGCAGCAUCUGCAUGGACAGAUAUCCUGAGUACUUAACUCUGUCAGAGUCAGCCUGUCAUGUGGAAAGUGCAGCAGUGAACUCCAGCAUGAAGUGAUGAUUGUUGGUUGACCUGCUGGAAGGGACUCCAUGUAGAUGAGGGCAGCAGCGUGACCUCAGCCUCCGGCCUCUUUAUCUGCCUGUGUUUUCCUCUUGUCUCACCAACGAGUGCACCCCUGCCCGACUACCUAACCCUAAUCUUGUUUUUAGUUUUAUAUGUAAAGUUACAAAUUUUUGGAGAAAAAAAAUAAAUUUAUUUACAGUGUAAAGCUUUGAUAUCCACUGACGGAAUGUGAACGCUUUGAUUUAUAGAAGCGACCUGUUCAGUGGAGGGAUUGAAUGAGUAAAUGUAAAGUAAAUGUUAUUUAGGAAAGAUCAAUAAGUUUGCACAUUGCAGGACUAGUGGGCAGUUUUUUUGUUUUUUGUUUUUUUUUUAAAUGUUUUUUUAUUGGAAAGAUUUGUCUAAAAAAAAUACUGGUGACUUUCAUUUUUCUUGCUCUUUCCAAGCAGGAAAAGCAGACAAUUAAAAUAUAUUUUAGGGUUGUCAGUUUGUUGCACUGGUUUUUAGUGUGCAUGUCUUCAUGUCCAAUUUUUAUUCAUUAAUAAAUGAGGAAUGCCACUGACCAAUGGUCUUUUUGUUGGGUUAGUGCUUAAUAAAGAACUGUUAUGAACAAAUUGA